GCCCAACAUUCAAUGGAGAUCAUGACGGCACCUCCGUCGUCUACAGGGGUAAAGAAAUUGAUUUGUCGUGUGUGUCAGAAAGGAUUCACCAAGGCUGAGCAUCUUCGAAGGCAUGAGCGUUGUCCCGAAUCAUCUGUGUUUUCAAUUUACCGAUUCCGAAGAAAUCCGUCGGCUGACCGGAAGAUAAUCACAGAUACCGGAUCUAAGCCCUAUGUCUGCAAGGAGUGUCACAGGCCUUUUGCCCGGCAAGAUGCUCUUACUCGCCAUGAGAAGUUGCAUCUGCGUGACUUGAGCGCAAAAGAUAGUCCUGCGUCUGCGUCAGUCUCUGUUCCACCAUCGGCGUCCAUAGAAUCUAUGGCUUCGUGGGAAUCGAGUAGUGCGUCCACGGCGGGCCCAGCCUCAACGUCGGCCACUAGUCGAUCUUGGGAUGAGCAGCAGUUAGGCAAUCACCCGGAUAUGCACAAUGUUGCAUCCGAUCUAGAUUUUGCCUUGGUUUGGCCAGACUCAGAGAACCUGUUCCAGAGUUUGAUGUCCUCGAACAAUACAGAUCAAUGGCAGAUGCCUUUAGGAACUCUGCCAUUUCCACCGGUUGUCCAAGAUAUCAAUGGUAUGAACUUUGGAUCACCAAACUCUUUCGAUGAUCGGAGUCCAUCGGUCGGAGUGAUCCCGUCCGGAGGAGGUCAUCAGGCCGUCCGAGAUGUAACGGAAAUGGUCACUAGCUCGUCUUCGAGUGUCACUGCUGCUGUCAAAGCCACAUCCAUAACAUCAGUCUUCCUGGAUGAGUGUCUUCACAUGUUCUUUGUCCGUUUCAUUCCUACAUUUCCCAUAUUACAUCGCGCCACCUUCGUGUUUCGAGAAUGCACCCAUGCGUUGCUAUUGAAUGCUAUUGCUAUUGGCUCAUUGUAUCUCGGCCCAAGCGAUGCCGUAGCCAAAGGUGAGGCAUUAUGGCGAUUGGCACACACUGCUGUCGCCACCUCAUGGCAAUCUUUAAUCACUCAUAAUGGGCCGUAUGAUGCCUGCAAGGGUGUACAACUGAUGAUCACGGCAUUGCUCGGCCAGAUCUAUGGUGCAUUGUCUAAGAAUCGUGCGAUCCGCACUACAAGCCAGGUCUUCCGACCAUUAGGCUUUUUCUGGGCUCGUCAUUGUGGAAUGUACGACAGCGAAUCUUACUCUAUGGAGAACCUGCCUUCCACUGAUGCCCCAGCGGCGGAAAAGCAGCACCAAUGGCGCAUUUGGGCCGCAAGAGAGAUUCAACAGCGUGCUCUUCUAGCUUAUUACGUGCUUGAUGGCCUUGUUGCCCAAAUGUCCGGUGAUGGUGCAUCUGCUCGACAUGUCUCAAACCCAUUAAGUUUGCCUAGUAGUGAGGCGGCUUUUAAUGCAGGUAGUCCUGAUGAGUGGCUGGUCCACAUGCAUUCCCAAAAACCUGAUCAAUCUUCCUUUCGAGUCGUCUUCCGUUCUCUCUUUCCACCCGUUGGCAAUUUCAGAGCACUAGAUUACCAGUUCUCUGCAUUUGCCCUGCGGGUCGUGCUGGAGGGUCUUCAAUCACUAAUUUCCGACUGCGAUGAGCACGACCUGGCGGUUGGAGUCCCCGGCCGGUCCGACGUACGUCGAGCUCUGGCCCAAGUCCAUGAGACUAUUUCUAUGAGCAUUCAUUUCUCUGCUGCGGAGCGGCUUGAAAUACUUCUACGCUGGCACACAGUCUGUUUGGAUACCAUGAUCAACUCCACCGUUCUUUCCCGCCACGUUUGCUCUCGCUAUAAUAUUCCUCAGCACGUCUCCGGCGGUUGUCGAACCGCGCGGCCCGGUUUUGAUGUGAUUAAAUGGGCUGAUACAGAGGAUGCGAAACGCGCAGUUCUUCAUGCGGUCGCCAUUCAAGAUAUUAUUGAGCAGCUACCUCGAGGACGUGCUCAUGUAAUUCAUAUGCCAGGCUCUCUCUUUGCCGCAGCUACUAUCUAUUUCGUGUUCUCUCUUGCGGGGGCGGCUACUGUGAACCUCCCCCGGACGAUCGUCUGGCAAGAUGCUCUUCUCUCACACUCUGAUCUUCAUCUUGGUCAUGAUGACAUUCGUCCACAAUCCGGCUCAGAGACCCGGCGAUUUGUCGAGACAGACCAAGGCAUUUCUUCCAAUCCAAACGGCGGGGCUGUUCGUAAUCUUCUAUACGAGUUGAACUCUAUUCAGAAGCUGUUCCGAUGCCUCUCGUCACAAUGGGGAAUUGCUCGUGAUAUGGAGAAUAUUAUUGACGAAUGGAUUCAAUUCUGUCAUUAA